GUGUCGUCGCGAUCGCAAUCGCAAACAUAAACAAGCAAAAUUAGAUGCAAGUUUUGUUGUCCGCUGCGUGAAGUGCAAAAUUAUCGCGUUUUCCGCCUAGCAAUUGGGGCCAUCGGUUACGGAACGGCUGCCCGAAUAUGCAGAAACCGCCUGUACGCCGGAUUUGCUUCAUUCCGGGCUGCGACUCGCAGGUAGGGCAGGUCAUUUUUCUCAGCGCCUACAAAUCGGACGGACUGCAGCGUUGGUGGAGCGAAUCGGCUUGGUCCAGCCAGCGAAAGAGCAAAAUCAUUCCCAAGAAUACGCGGGUUUGCGAAAGGCAUUUCGAGGAGCGGUACAUCGACAGGAGCUACAAGAUGCCUCGGUUGUUCCCGGAUGCUUGGCCGACGAUGAACUUGGUGGAGCCGACGCCGGAGGAGCUGGCGAAGCACAAGGCAGACGGGCGGGGGCGACCGCGGGAGGUGAAGACAGAGUUUUUCAAUCCGAAGGCGAUCUGUCGGUUGUGCGGCAGGAAGGAGAAACGAUCACUGGAAUAUCAACUGGAGCAUUUGAGGGGUGGAGAGAACGUACUGAAGCUUUGCCUGGGUCAGUAUUAUGCGAGGGAAGAUCUUCCGCGGGGCGUUUGUAUAAACUGCAUGGAUUCUGCCGAAUCGUUUGUGGUGUUUGUGACGACGUGCGAGGAGGUUCAGCAUAAGUUAGAUGUUAUGUUCACUGAAGGUGAGGCGCUGAAAAUUGAACCGGAUAUUCCCAUUUUGGAGAAUAUCAGUUUGAAACAGGAAAAGGAGGAAGAAUCGUUCGAGGAGAUACCGGAGGACCAGUACGAGACGGAAUAUCUGGUGGAAGUGGUUGAGGAUCAAAAAGUGACUGAAGUUAAAACAGAGACAAUCAACGAAGUCAGCGAGGAUAAUGAGCACGAGUUUCCCUCACUGGAUGACGAUCAAGGAGCAGGAUCUGACUCGUCCCAUUCACACGAGGAAUACGACAAUGAAGCCAUGAAAAAGUCCCCCAACUAUAACAUUUCAUCUAGUGUUAGCUCUUUCAGUGAUUCGGAAAUCGACUCGGAUGAUGAACCUUUAUCCAAAAGAAUGCAAUCCAGGAAAAAGUCCGGCCCGCGACCUAGACAAACAAUCAAAAUUCGGGAAGAUUUGGGCACGCUGGACGUUGUAGAUGAAUUCCCGGAAGCGGAGAAGAAACCCCGGAAAAAGUCCGUGCCGUCUGUUCCGAGAAAAACUGGUCGUAAACCGUCAGUCGGUCCCGGCGAAUCCAGCCGAAUAUGUCCCAUUUGUGGUAAAAUCCUGGUACACAAGGGCAACUUCACGUCUCACCUUAAAAUCCACAGCGAGAAGAAAGACUACGUGUGCAACAUCUGCGGCAAGCAGUAUUACAUCCGACGGGAGCUCCAAAUGCAUAUCGAGUCCCUGCACGAGAAGAAAACGUUCGUAUGUAACAUCUGCGGGAUCAAGUGCGCCUGGCGGAAGGGUCUGCAGCGGCACAUGAAGAACAAGCACUCGGACGAGAGUUCGCUGAAGCACAAGUGUACCUACUGCGGGAAAGCGUUCCUGCUGCCAAACCAGUUGCGGUUGCACGUCAUGAAGCACACCGGCGAUAGGAUCACGUGCGAGAUUUGUGGAGCCGGAUAUAGGUUUAACUAUAUGCUGACGCAGCAUAAAAUCCGCGAACAUGGCAUGGAAUUUAAGGGUGUCAAGUUGUACAAAACAACCAGUAGAUCCCGCAAGAACGCAUCCGUCAAAGCGGAAGGUAUAGAUCCGGUUGUUGCUGCGGUAGUUCCCAUCACAUCACCUCCUGUGCCCUCCAGCACCCCUCUGCACUCCCACUCCCAGUCAAGUUCCGGUCAUCCGAUCUCCACAGCAGCACACAUGCUCGAACCCAGUCACGAUUCCAUGCUAUCCUCCGAAUCAUCACAGUCACAUACAAUCCAGCAGCAGCAGCAACAACAACAACCACAACAUCAUCAACAGCAUCACCAACCACCGCAGCCCCUACAGCAAUAUCAACAUCCGGUUCCAGCGGUUACGACCCAGCUGGAACGGGUGCACUAUCCACCGGGAUUCGUCUACACUCCUGCCGGGGUACCUCCACCAACUAUGAUGCUUCCACCCGGUCCUGGAUACAAUGGCUAGAAAGAAAAGUCAUUCGACAUAACGUCGUUUGGCAUAGUUACCACUGAACUCAAGAGGCCAUUUGGCAUAAUCUCGCCAUUUUGAUCGACAUGUUACUUUAUUUUUUUAAUAUGUAUGUAGUUGUUCUUCGAGUUUUUUGUGAAAUGGUCGUUAUGCCAAACGACUAUUUGAUGUGUAACUUAUGCCAAACGGCAGGAUGUCAGAUGGCUUGAAGGCAGUGACAGUGAUCUGUGGGAAGUCUGCUGCAUACAAAGAAGGUGAGUAGAAGACUUUUCGAUUUAUUUGCUAAUAAAACGUUCGCGUAUGCGCUAAUGUAGGCAUAAAAACA